GGCUGCCACAGGCAGAUACACAGGGAAAGCCAAUAGUCAGCUUUGAAAUAUCUCAUUUCACAUAGGAAAAGGACUCACAAAAACGGAAUACUAACUGGCAAAAAAACAUGACUGAGCCCAGCUGUAGGAAAGAGGGAUUUAAAAAAUGCCGAAGUGCCACUUUCAGCAUUGAUGGCUUUAGCUUUACAAUAGUUGCAAAUGAAGCUGGUGACAAAAAUGCCCGACCUCUAGCAAGAUUUGCAAGGUCCAAGUCUCAGAACAGUCUGUGGAAUACUAUCAUCAGUGGGCUAAAUCUAAAAGAAAAGCAAAAGCCAGCAAUUGUUGCUGAUCCUCGCAGUCCUGAAGAAAUACUUGCAGAUGAAUUGCCACAAGUUGACAGUCCUGAUGCCAUCCCGAAAACAUCGAUCAGAUUACGAUGUUUGGUGAAACAAUUGGAACGAGGUGAAGCUUCUGUAGUCGAUCUUAAAAAGAACCUGGAAUAUGCAGCAACUGUACUUGAAACAGUAUAUAUUGAUGAAACAAGACGUUUACUUGAUACUGAAGAUGAGCUCAGUGACAUCCAGUCAGAUUCCGUACCCUCAGAAGUACGAGACUGGCUGGCCUCCACCUUCACGCGGCAAAUGGGGAUGAUGCUGAAAAGAACAGAAGAAAAACCACGGUUUAGAAGCAUUGUUCAUGCAGUUCAAGCAGGGAUAUUUGUAGAAAGGAUGUACAGAAGAACAUCAAAUAUGGUUGGACUAAGUUACCCUCCGGCUGUUAUAGGUGUUCUAAAGAAUGUUGACAAGUGGUCCUUUGAUGUAUUUGCACUAAAUGAUGCCAGUGGCGAACAUGCACUUAAAUUCAUCUUUUAUGAAUUGCUCACACGUUACGAUUUAAUCAACCGCUUCAAGAUACCUAUCUCUGCACUUGUAUCAUUUGUGGAGGCACUGGAAGUUGGGUACACCAAACAUAAAAAUCCAUAUCACAAUCUGGUUCAUGCAGCAGAUGUAACACAGACCGUUCACUACUUUCUCUUUAAAUCAGGCUUAGCGCACUGGCUGACGGAACUGGAGAUAUUUGCAAUGAUUUUUGCUGCUGCUGUUCACGAUUAUGAACACACUGGCACCACAAACAACUUUCACAUUCAGACAAGAUCAGAUUCAGCAAUUCUUUAUAAUGACCGAUCUGUACUUGAAAAUCAUCACGUCAGUGCAGCAUAUCGCCUUCUGCAGGAUGAUGAGGAGAUGAACAUACUUUAUAACCUCUCAAAGGAUGAUUGGAGGGAAUUUCGGGCUCUGGUGAUUGAGAUGGUGUUAGCCACGGAUAUGUCCUGUCACUUCCAACAAAUCAAAGCAAUGAAGAAUGCUUUACAGCAGCCAGAAGGGAUUGACAAGCCGAAAGCCUUAUCCCUAUUGUUGCAUACAGCAGACAUAAGCCAUCCAGCAAAGAACUGGGACCUCCAUCAUCGGUGGACAAUGUCACUUCUAGAAGAGUUCUUCAGACAGGGUGACAAAGAAGCAGAGCUUGGUCUUCCUUUCUCUCCACUGUGUGACCGCAAUUCAACUAUGGUUGCUCAAUCCCAAAUAGGUUUUAUUGACUUCAUUGUGGAGCCUACAUUCACUGUGUUGACUGAUAUGACAGAGAAGAUUGUAAUUCCACUCAUUGAUGAAGCCUCACGGUCUGGGCUCACAGGAUUUAGACGUUCUAGUUUGAACAGCAUCACCCCCUCUGAAGUUAAAAGAUCGAGUGUGAAGAGCACUGGAUCAGAAGGAAGUGCCUCUUUGAAUUGCUCCAUCCUCACUGUGGAUUUCAAAGGUUUUAAAAAUAACUGGUAUGAAGUCGUACAACAGAACAGAGAAAAGUGGAAAGCACAAGCAGCAAAAGAUGCAGAUGAAAAAUCUAAAAGAGAAUCCGAGGAAAAUACUCCACAUGAAAAGGAGGACACAAAGACCGAAGAACAAGAAGACAAAAAUGAGACUGAAAAACAUUUAACAUCCAAACAUGAAACAAAGAAAGACCAAAAUUCCGGGGAAAGCAAGCUUACUGAAUCUAGUCAAGGAAAUGUAAAUGGGACACGAUUACCAAAUGUGAACAAACGCGAAGACCACUCAGGAGAACAUCAGAAUCAGCAGGGCAAGAGUGGAGAAGCUGAUGGCAAGCAGCAAGUACAAAAUGAUAAAGAAGAGUAACAGAAAAUGCCAAUAUAUUUCAUCAUUUUAGCUGAGCUUCUUCAUUUUGUUCCUCCUUCCACAAAGACAAGUCUCUUGGACACAAAGGCAUUACAAAGCUGACUAAUCAAUGCAUCCACUGGUUCCUUCAAAGCUAAUGACUAGUUUUAUUUAAUUUUAUUUUGUGUGUGUUUUUAAAGCUCUCCUUUUUUAAAUAAAGCAUAACUCUUCUUUUUACACAACAUACAAAAUAAAUAGAACUUUAGCAUUUUUUCGUUGUGUGAAGCCAGGUCUAAGGAAAUCAGUGGGGUAACGUAUUGGACUUGACAAUAGAAAGUUUCCUAAAUACUACACUACAGCAGAUAUUUUGGGAAAUGUAUUUCCCAUGUUUAAGAAGGCAAAGGUGCAUGUGCACAAGUGCUUGUGUGAGUCAAACUAAAGGAUAGUUAUCUUGCACUAAAAGUGAAU